ACAAGCAGCAUUCACGGGUCGGUAUUCGUCUGUGACCCUCAAGAUGUUUACUAUCUGGGUGCUCGCAGUGGCUCUUGGAGCUGCGGUUGCUGAUGUCAACCUCGGCUAUCAAUACAAAGCGCCGUCGUUCGGCUUGCCUACAUACCAAGUAGAAAGCGGCAAGUUCAACAGCGGCUUAUACAGCUCCGGAAGCAGCGGCUCUCUGAGUGGCGUUGGUAGUGGCUACCAAAACGGCUACACCCUUGGCUCGUCCAACUCUGGAAAAUACAAUGCAGGCAAUGUCGCAAGCCUGUCCACCAUUGGAGCUAGCUCUUCUGGAAGCGGAUACCAAAGCGGCUCUGGCUACGUUCAAAGCUCUAACAAUGGCAAAUACAACUCAAACUUCGGCUCAGGCUUUACCUCAUCUGGUUUAGGUUCUGGUGCAGGAAACAGCGGCUACCAGUCAGGAGCUUACCUUGUUGGAUCAUCCGGUAGCGGCUCUAGUAAUGGUGUCAGUUCAGCUGGAGGCAGCAAAUACGCAUUGGGUUCGGGCUCCAGCCAAUUUAACUCUGGCACUGGCUAUUACAAUAAUGGUGCUUCACAAAGUGGAUACAACGUUUUCGGUUCUGGCUUAGGCAGUGGAUCCAACUACAACGUUGGAUCAGGAUCGAAUUCCGGUUAUUACAAUGGUGCGCAAAGUGGUUCAAAUUACAACGUUUUAGGAAAUAUCCCCGGAACAGUAACAAGUGGAUCUUCUGGCCAUCAACUCACUGAAUAUCAAACGACUUUCCAAAGUACAUCUGACACAAGUGCUUUAGACAACAUUGGUAGUCAUUAUGAAGCUGCGAGUAAAUACCAACAAUCUGCAGGUGUAAAACACGAAUAUUUUGUACAAAAUUCUAAUCAGCCAACUCAAGUGUUUAAGCACUUCUACGUCUGGUCAGCGCCCGAAGAACCAGAAAUUAUCGAACGUAAACCUAUUGUGCUACCACCACCCCAAAAACACUACAAGAUCAUUUUUGUCAAGGCACCAUCACAGCCCGCUCCAGCUCCACAAAUUAUCACAGUGCCAGAACAGAAGGAAGAGAAAACUAUUGUAUAUGUAUUGGUUAAGAAACCAGAAGAUGCUAAGAACAUUGCACUUCCUCAAUUCGAAUCAAAGGCACCAUCCAAACCUGAAGUAUUCUUCGUUAAAUACAACGACAAGGCCGAGUCUCAAGCUCUUAUUGAUAACAUUGUUAGCGAUUAUAAUAAGGGUGGCAUAAAAGCUUCUUUCGAAAACUUAAACGUAGGAUCCCCGUACUCCAUCGUAGGCUCAAACCAGGGUAUUGCAGAAUCCAACUCUGGAUCACUUGACUCCUUGAUUGGGUCCUCCCAAUCCGUAAGCAGCUCAUCAAACUCAGGUUCAAGCUCAGGAUUAGGAUCAAACUUGGGCACUUCCUUUGGAUCAAACAGUGGAAUAGGAUCAGUCAGCGGUGAGAGCUCGAAACAAGGCAGUAGCUUCGGCUCUGGUUCAAGUGGAUCCUCUUACGCUAGUUCCACAAGCUCUGGUUCAAAAGGAUCUUAUUACACUGGUCAACCCAGUGUGGCAUUCGGCGUCAACAGCGGUUCUGGAUUAAGCAGUAUUGGAUCAUCAUCAGGAUCCAACAAGUACUCUACAUCAAGCUUUGGAUCUGGAAGUGGAUUAUCUGGUGCCAGUGGAUUUGGCAGUGGAUCGGUAUUCAACUCUGGCUCUUCUGCAUCAAAGAGUACAUCCUACUACACAAAGCCAAGUGUCGCCAUUGGUGGUUCUUCAUUUGGUACAGGCAAUAGCUUCGGCUCAUCCAAAUACUCAUCAUCUUUCGGGUCUGGUAGCAGUGGUGUAGGCUCUGGAUCUUCCUUCUACACAGCCAAGCCAACCGUUAGUUUCGGUACAUACACUGGCAAUGUUGGAUCUGGCAACAACGGAUUAUUUGCAAACAGGUUUGGUUCAACAGGGUCCUCUUUCGGAAGUGGAAGCGGUGUUUCUGGUGUGAGCAGCCUGGGUUCUUCUGGCUUGUCUCCUGUUAGUGGAUCCACCGUAUCCGAUUUAUACGGACCAUCUACUGCAAGCAGCUUGUCUACCAAUCAAGCUGGAUCAAGCUAUGACGCAAGUUUAGUCUCUACUAGUCAAGGUGUCCCCCACGAAACUUACGGACCACCGAAGUUCAAAGUAUUGUAGAUUUAACGCUAUGUAACGACGACUCUAACUUUUAAUUUUGGAUGCAAAUAAAUGAUUAUUAUC